AGAUAAAGGUAAACUGUAAGUCGAAACGUACGUGCAGUCAUGGAAGCGCUAGAAGAAAUAACUCCUUUUUUGAGCAAAUCUUCGCGGUUAGAUCUUAAAGCGGUUUCACUAUCACAUGUGCUAGGCCUAACUGGGUCGAAAGAUGGUAUAGUGCUCAUCGGCAAGUGUACACCACUGUUGAUUAACAUCGUAGAACUCACCGGCGAUGAUUCGGAGGCGGUUCAAAAAGGUGCAGUGUUGACACUGGUUAACCUUUCGGCGGAACAAUGUGGGGCCGAACAAUUGGUGACAAAGCUAGCAGAUCGAAUAGUACCGUUGGCGUAUGAAGCGAUUUUAAACGAAAAUUCAAAAAUGUCAGAUGCAUGGAGUAUGGUACUUUGUAACAUGACACGACCGGAACACCUGGUCGAGAUAGUUGUAGAGCAACUGGACAAAAUUGAAUACGCUUUCGAAAAACUAGCGACAUGUUUCAACAGGAUUAAUUUUAAUCAACAGAAAGGACAUUUGAAUUAUUUAGGUCCAUUGUUCAGCAACCUGUCGCAAAGUAAACGUGGUCGAGAGCUGUUUUGCAAUCGAAAAACGGACUUGCUGACACGGAUUCUUCCUUUUGUGCACCAUGAAGGCAGUAUUGUCCGUCGUGGCGGAGCAGUUGGCUUGCUGAAAAAUAUUUGCUUCGACACUACCGUACACGAAUGGCUUUUGAGCGGCGAAGUUGAUGUUCUCCCUUUUAUUCUAUUGCCGUUGGCCGGACCGGAAGAGUUUGACGAAGAAACAAACGCUAAACUUCCCGUAGAGCUGCAAUAUCUGGGUCCAGAGAAAGGAUGCGAAGAGGAUCCGGAUAUCAGGAAAAUGUUGGUGGAAUCGUUAGGUCAGUUGUGCGCUACUAGGAAGGGCCGUGAAUACUUGCGCGACCGAGGCACCUACGAGAUUCUGAGAGAGCUGCACAAAUUUGAGUGUAGUCCAGCUGGAGAUCCGCGUGUUCUGGCGGCGUGUGAAAGUGUGGUAGAUGUUCUCAUAAGGACGGAGGAUGAAAUUGGUGAAGAUAAUUUAAAGACAUUGGAUAUUCCUGAUGAUGUGAUUAUGAAACUGGACAACCUAGGAAGUAACAACGAAUUGUAAUAAAAACUACAGAUAAUUUCAAUGAG